AUGGGAUCAAGGUAUACUUUUUCAGAUAUGCAGAACCUCUUGUUUAUUCAUCCAUUUGAUGGACCUCUCUCCAUCAGUGUGACUAAGCUGCAAGGUGCUGCUGACUAUAGAGCGUGGAGAAGGUCAUUUGAGAUACAACUCUCAUCCAAAAGAAAGCUUGGAUUUGUCAAUGGAACUGUGACAAGGAGCAUUGAGGAUGACACCAAUGCAACUCAGUGGGACACUUGCAAUGAUCUGGUAACUUGCUGGCUUCACACUAAUGUUUCUGAUUCCAUUAAAAAUUCUAUUCUGUUUAUUAAGAAUGCUCAUGAGGCCUGGAAACAGUUAGAAAAAAGAUUUAUGCUUUCUAAUGGAUCUAGAAAAUAUAAGCUUAGCAAAGACCUGUUUAAUCUGAAACAAAAUGGUAGGAAAAUAGAUGAAUAUUACACUGCUAUGAGUAGUCUUUGGGAUGAGAUAGAAUCAAUGAACAUGCUGCCUAUGCUCACAACUGUUGCACAAGAUGUGACAGCUCUAAUGAAAGCCAUUGAGACUCAGAAAGAAAAAUCAAAAUUGUUUCAGUUUCUGAAUGGACUUGAUGAUUUCUAUAGUCCACAGAGAAGUCAGCUGCUUAUGCAAUCACCUUUGCCAUCUGUUGAGUCUGCAUGUGCAGUGAUACAGCAAGAAGAAACUCAAAGAGAUGUCCUGAUUCAAAAUGGUAGCUUUGACAGUGACACCUCUGCUAUGUAUAGCAAAGGUAGUGUGAGUACAGACAGAACUGUAACCUGCACUGCUUGUGGAAUCAAAGGUCACACCAGUGAAAGGUGUUGGACUGUUGUGGGAUAUCCCAAAUGGCAUUACAAGUAUAACAAGAAGCCUGGAAACAAGGGUGAAAACAAAAACCAGUUCUCUGGAACAAGGUGGUCAGGUAACAAGGGAGCCACCUCAAGUGGUGUAAAAUCAGCCAAUACAGCACAAGGGAUGAGUGAAAAAGAUGAUGAGAUUGUUUUCUCAAGCUAG